CCUUUUGAAACAUUGCACAUUAACUCGUCUUGCGGUUCUGAUCGAAUCUCCUAAAGGCCGAGCUAGCUGUUCUGGAAUAUAGCCAGGAUGCGUUUCGACGAUAUUCUUGGUGAGCUGGGCUCGUUCGGUCCCUAUCAGAGACGCGUUUAUCUGGUCGUAUGUUUGAUGGCAGCUUCCACCGCAUUUCACUCCAUGACACAGGUUUUUAUAGCUGGGACUACAGAUCAUUGGUGUAAGACAGAUUAUUGGGACGCAAACUGCAGCGAGUGGAACUUGUCACCCACGGAUUGCAAGGAGGCGAAGAAGAACGGCAGCAUCCCAGUCAGUUACGGGGACGAUGGUGAACUGGUCUACGAUCAAUGCUAUAUGUAUAACAUCACAGGCAUAGAGUUUGAUCCUUCCUAUGACCCAUCGAUGAAUGGAACCGCCAGCACUAUCCCGUGCCAAGAUGGUUGGGAACACGAUAAGAGUCAGCUGAAGUCAUCCAUCAUACAAGAUUGGGAUCUAGUCUGUGACAAGAAACACUUGCCCGACUACGCUCAAUCUGUGUUUUACUCUGGCUAUUUAUUUGGAUCUAUUUUCUUUGGGGUCCUUGCAGACAAAAUUGGACGAUACCCUACUCUGUUCAUUUGCCUUGGUAUCCAGGCUGGUUUUGGUGUUCUCGUCGCUUUCUCACCCAAUUUCUGGGUGUAUAAUGUCCUUAGAUUCUUCCAAGCGGCUGGCAACAAAUCUGUGGUACAAGUUGCCUUCAUCAUAGGUAUUGAGUUCGUUACACCAAAAUGGAGGACUGUGACCGGAAUUACCAUCCAUAUUUUCGUCGCCUUGGGCUAUAUGACUCUUGCCACCAUUACAUACUUUGUCCGCUACUGGAGGACUCUGCAAUUGCUCAUCUCUGGACCCCUGUUUCUAUUUUUCCUGCUCAUGCCUUUCAUACCAGAAUCGGCUCGUUGGCUCCUAUCUCACGGUAAUGGCGAGAAAGCUGAGAAGAUUAUUCGCAAAGUCGCUAAAGUCAAUAAAAGAAAACUUCCUGAUCCGCUCUUCACAGAAGACGAAAUACAGAAACUGGAAGUUGUCAGUAUGGUGCCGAAAGCAAGCAUCUUCGAUCUUUUCAGAACGCCCGUACUCCGCUGGAGAACCAUCAACUUUAUAUAUAACUGGAUGGUGAAUAACAUUGUGUACUAUGGCUUGACCUAUAGUAGCGGUGACCUCGGGUUCAAUGUCCACCUGAACUUCUUCCUGUCUGGAGCAGUCGAGAUCGUCGGUUACGUCUUAGCCAUCUUUACCAUCGAUUUCUUUGGUCGUCGUCCAAGUAUCGCUACUUUCCUCAUCAUUGGUGGUUGUUCUUGCCUGAUCAACAUUGGUCUACCAAUUGGUACUUGGAACACAGUAGUUGCCCUGACAGGGAAAUCGGCAAUAUCGGCUUCCUAUACCAUAGUCUACGUCUACUCUGCAGAGUGUUUCCCAACGCCAGUCAGGAGCAUUGGUAUCGGCAUUUGUUCCAUGAUGGCUCGUGUGGGGACCAUUGUCUCACCCAUGAUACUCAUCCUGGGGGACUACUAUUACCCCGCUCCUCUCAUCAUCUUCGGCACCACCGCCAUCACGGCUGGUUUCCUCUCAUUUUUCUUCCCCGAGACGCGCGGCAUGAGACUUCCGGAAACCAUCGAGGAAGGGGAGACUUUGGGAACGAAAGCAAAAGACGACAACAGUGCUGGACUUUGAACAGGAAGAAACAAAACGAAGAUGAUGAUACGACCCGGAAAACAUUUUUGACGUUAAAAUGGGAAAACUGGACAGUAUUUAAGAAAUUUGAGCAUAACUUUCAAAUGCGUCGGUCCCUCGUCGAAUCGUUAAAAACGUAAACAUUAUGAUUGCACUAGGGUUUUGUGUUGAUAAUAUAAUUCAAUAAUGAUUUGAUAUUAUGAAAGUACUUUUUUUGUCUGAAGGAAUUCAAAUUUGAACUGUUCUCGAAUUUCAGAUACCUGUAAUAUAUAUUAGAAUGUUUAUAGUUAUGCAUAUGAAUAAAGGAGAGAUUUGUGUAUAGCCCCCCCCCCCCACCACUCCCACAUAUUAGUUAUACGUGAGAAACACGUGUUUAGUUGGGCGUUAUUUUUUCUUCAUUCUUCUUCUUUUUCUUCAGUUCCUUCGCUUCUUCUACUUCUUCAUGAUCUCCUUUUAUUUUCUUUCUUCCGUUCUGGGCACUGACGGUACUGUGCCGUUAAAAGGGCCUAAACAAGGUAUGGGAAGCCGAAACAAAUUGCGGCUAAUGGAUGAUGUCAGCAAACCUGAACAGUCAUGUAAGAGUGGAAUAUUGGGAUCAUCAAAAUCUUUUUCUUUUUUUUUAUCAACUCCUUCUUUAACUUUUUUCUUUCUUCCAAAUGAAAAAGAGCAGUAUACCGCGUCAUAUGUGAAUGUUAAAUAAACAGUAAAUUACGGUAAAAUAACCUAAAUCGAUGGCGUCAUCAUUUGCGGCUGGUCAUGGAGGGUUGGUGGGUGGGGCCCUCAUCGUCGUAG